AUGAGAAACAAUCUGAUCUAUACUAUGUUUCUAUCUUGCCUACACUUUGAAACUUUUUGCCAAAACACCACAACAAGCAAUGAUGAUUGCGAAGCGUUGUCCCAAGAUUUGGAUAACAAAAACCCUGUGGAAUGUUGCACCACGGAAGCAUUUGACUUUUUGGAUAAGAAGUACCCGAACUGGAGAAAGGUCAAUAAAUAUGUUCGAUCUCCGUAUAUUAACGAACUGAGAUUCAUGGGUUGCUGCAACAAGACUAUUUCAACUUCUGCUAUUCUCACAACUACACCACUGACAACGUCCUCUACAACUUUAGAAAUUUAUACUACAGACUCAGACUCCACAACUGCUGAAACCACGAGUGUACCUACAACAACAACAUCUAUUCAAUGUGGAGUAUUGGCAAACACAUCAUGCUGUAAUCUCAAAGUGACUGAAUGCUUGUCGAAACAAUAUGAGGAUUGGCGAAAUGUCACUUUAAUUAAAGGAUAUGAACGAGAACUGGAGAAAUGUGAUUGCGUAUUGACAUCAAGCAGUACUGAAACGGAAAUCGCUUCAACCACUUCCUUGCCAACAACAACAUCUCCAAGUUUGAACUGUUAUUGGCUCUCCGAACCAUCUAAUUUUUCCGAGUGGAUAGAUGGAAAACAAACAAACUUAAGAUAUAAUGGGGGAUGCUGCUCUGAAACUUCAAUUCAAGUUUUGAAUAGCAGUGAUAGUACUAGGUGGAUUCUUACCACAUCCGAUUCUUGGAACAAGGCAAACGCUUUGAUAAACCUGCUAUAUUGUACUCCGAAUGCCUGCCCCCAGCAGUCUAUGCUUUGGACUAACUGCUCAAAUUUAUCAACAACCACUUCAAGUUCUACCAUGUUAUCUUCUACAACAUUGCUUACAACAGAGACGGAAACACGUGAAUCAUCAUCUACUGGCUCAACUCAAACGACAACUCCAUCUACAGAACCAUCUACUACAAUCACAACUCCAAUGGAGCAAAGUUCUACAGUUUCAUCGGUCCAGAAAACUAGAACAUCUGAAGACAAACCCAGUAGCUCAACAACAGUGCCCACAUCUGCAUCGACAUCUGAAUCAUCUACGUCCUCUCCAAUGGCUGAGACGUCCAGCUCUUCUACCACGUCUCAAUCAUCUCCGGCAUCAACAUCCACUGUUCCAGAGAGUUCUACAGUCGGCAGCACUCCCACGACAGGAUUGACAACUCUUUCCACAAAUGAGCAGAGUACUUCGACAUCAUCAGGAGGACAUUCAACCUCCACUUUUGGCACAACAUCUGAGACUCCUGAGACAUCAACGGAUUUUACAGCAACCUCAACAUCUUCUAGCUCAGAUUCAAGUACACAAUCAUCCAAUGCCCAAACUUCGACUAUUGAGAACGGUUCUACUACAACUAAUUUCACGUCAGCUCCAAGUACUAGCUCAACACCAGCGACUCCAACGACCACCUACAACUGGCCAACUGGAGGAACUACGUGGAUGCUCCCAUCUGGAGAAAUUGUUCUCUCGGAAUCUCUAAUUGCGUAUCCAAACUGUACCACAGUUCUUAUGCAAUUGAUCUACAAUCCAAGAACCAAAGAAACUAGAACAGAAAUAACAAGCGAUGCAGAAGGAUGUAAGAAAACAUCUUCGACACCAACGCCCUCAUCAACUUCGGUGCACUCAACAACUGCAACUCCUUCUACUACCCCAGGAACCACAACCUAUAACUGGCCAACUGGCGGAACUACUCGGAUGCUUCCAUCAGGAGAAAUUAUUCUUUCCGAGUCUUUGAUAGCCUAUCCUAACUGUACUACAGUUCUUAUGCAAUUGAUCUACAAUCCAAGUACAAAAGAAACUAGGACAGAGACUACAACUGAUGCCGAUGGAUGUAAGAAGACGUCUUCUACUUCAUCUUCUACGCCCUCGUUAAAACAUUCAACAACUCCGACUCCUACCCCAGGAACCACGACCUACAACUGGCCCACUGGCGGAACUACUCGGAUGCUUCCAUCUGGAGAAAUUAUUCUGUCGGAGUCUCUAAUAGCUUAUCCAAAUUGUACGACGGUUCUCAUGCAACUCAUCUACACUCCAAGCACCAAUAAAACCAGGACAGAGACCACUACGGAUACAGAAGGAUGUAAGAAAACGUCUACGAUCUCUUCAUCUUCGUCAAAGUUUUCAAUAACUCCAACACCUACUCCUUCUUCCGGCACCACCACUUACAAUUGGCCAACUGGUGGAACGACGAGGACGCUUCCAUCUGGAGAAAUUAUUCUUUCGGAGUCUCUCAUAGCCUUCCAAAACUGUACGACAGUUCUUAUGCAAUUGAUCUACAAUCCGAGUACUAAUAAAACCCGAACAGAGACUACAACUGAUGCAGAAGGAUGUAAAAAAACGUCCUCCACCUCAAAAAUCUCCACAACUCCAACAUCACCCACUUCUUCAAAACCAACUCCUACAUCUACUUCCAUGACUACAACCUACAACUGGCCAACUGGUGGAACUACUCGUACGCUUCCAUCUGGAGAAAUUAUUUUAUCAGAGUCAUUGAUUGCUUAUAAAAACUGCACAACAGUUCUUAUGCAGUUGAUCUACAAUCCUAGUACCAAUAAAACUAGAACAGAGACCACAACCGAUGCUCAAGGAUGUAAGGCAACUUCAUCGACUUCAUUAAAGCCCACAUCUCCUUCAUCUUCAACUGCUUCUCCUCCAACUACCACUUACAACUGGCCAACUGGGGGAACUACUAGAACUCUCCCAUCUGGUGAAAUUAUUCUAUCUGAGUCACUAAUUGCCUACAAAAACUGUACCACAGUUUUGAUGCAAUUAAUCUACAACCCAUCAACUAACAAGACUAGAACGGAAACUACCACUGACGCGCAGGGAUGUAAGGCAACAAUCACAACACCAACCCCAAUAACAACAACAUACAAUUGGCCAACAGGUGGGACAACCAGGACUCUUCCGUCUGGAGAAAUUAUCCUCUCCGAAUCGCUGAUUGCUUACAAAAACUGCACUACCGUUCUAAUGCAAUUGAUCUACAACCCAAGCACAAAUAAGACUAGGACUGAAACCACCAGUGACGCUCAAGGAUGUAAAGCAACCUCAACUACACAAACACCAACCACAUUCAACUGGCCAACUGGAGGAACCACUCGAACACUGCCAUCUGGAGAAAUUAUUCUGUCGGAAUCCUUGAUUGCGUAUAAGAAUUGUACAACUGUGCUAAUGCAAUUGAUCUACAACCCUAGCAAAAACACGACUCGAACUGAAACAACAAGUGAUGCGGAAGGAUGUAAAGCCACUUCCAGUGGAACGACAUCAACAAUGUCUCCCGGAACAACAGGAGGAACCACUGUUUCGAGAACAACUAACUCAAACAAUCCAAUCGAUUCAUCCACUCUCGAAACCACAACUUUCGCCUGGCCAACUGGUGGAACUACUCGGAUGCUUCCCUCUGGAGAAAUUAUCAUAUCCGAAUCCUUGACUGCAUUCCCGAAUUGCACUACUGUUCUGAAACAAUUGGUCUACAAUCCAACAACCAAUACGACUAGAACUGAUACUAUUUCCGAUUCUGAAGGAUGUAAAGCAACAUCAACUGCCAAGCCAACAACUGUAAUCUCAUCCACUGCUACAUGCUCCUCCCUCAACCUAAAUCUCAACUCAACAACCCGCCCGACGUCGUCCGAGAUUAAAGAUUCCUAUUCAGUUGGAGAAAAGAUAUAUCACAUUUGUGAAAAAGACUAUUCAUUUGAAAUUGCUCUGCAGCCUCUGAAAAUAUAUCAAUGCUUGAAUGGUGGAGCAUGGUCAGGAACACCGGAAAAGUGUGUUGCCACCGGCAAAUCAGAGCUCUGA